AUGAGUUCAAGAAUUCAAUGGACCAUUCACAUUGGUGUAUUAGUGCUCAUCUCGUUCACUAAUGCUUAUUCAAUCAUUCCUGCUGCAACGAAGCCUAAGAGAAUCGAUAAUAACCUAAAGGAUAUUUGCGAGAGCAUAAAAAACAAGGCUAGACAUACCCAAGUAUUCUAUUCACCCGAUCCAAAUUACUUUGAAGAUAUCAAGCACUAUGCCAUAUCAUCCACUCAAUAUCCGGCUUGUACGGUCGAACCUUCAACGGCUGAUGAUGUCGCUAUCAUUAUGAAAAUUGUCCAAGAAAACCGAGUUCCUUUUGCUGUGAAAGGCGGUGGACAUAGUGCAAAUCCUCUGUUUAGCUCGACGAUAGGUGUUCAUAUUGCAAUGCGACGAUUUUCCAACGUUAUUGUUCAUGCCGACAAUCAGACAGUUGAUGUGGGCCCAGGACUGUUUUGGGACGAUGUGUACAAGGCACUCGAGCCACACAACAUCAAUGUCGUCGGUGGUCGUGUAUCGGGUGUUGGCGUUGCUGGAUUCACUCUCGGUGGCGGUUAUUCAUGGAAAUCGAAUCAAUUUGGUCUCGCUAUUGACAAUGUUAUCGGCUAUGAGCUUGUUACUCCGAAUGGUACAAUUGUCGACGUAACGAAUAACUCGUAUCCCGAUCUUUUCUUUGGAUUAAAAGGUGGUUUUAACAAUUUUGGUAUCGUCACCAAUUUCAGAUUACAUGCUCACCCACAAACUCAAGUCUAUGGUGGUCUACUUGUUUAUAUCGAUGAACAGCGCUUUGAUGACGUCCUGAAAGCUGUUAUGGAUUUUCGAGAUAAUAACAAAGAUCCCAAAGCACAAGCUUUGGUCUCAUUCACUCCCCAAACAGGACUGGUCACGUUCGACGUAACUCUCUUCUAUGAUGCUCCAAGAGCUCCCGAUGAUACAUUUAAGAAGUUUAUAAAUAUUCCUCAUAUGGGGACUCUCAAAACUCGUUCGUUUCUUUCAUUCGUUAAAGUUGUGCCCAUCUAUGUUACCGAUGGUCGACGCGGUCGUUUCCAUACAGUGUCAGUUACCAAUUUAACUGAUCGUGUGUUCCAAGAACUCAAGAAUCAAACCAUCUACAAUGCAGCAAAAUUUGACUCGAAACUCGAUGCGUUCGCGUCGUUUACUGCAGAACCAUUUUUACCAACUUAUUUCGACAAGUCACAGGGUGGUGCUUAUCCACACUGCCCAUCAACGACCCCUCUUCUACCUAUAUUUCUUCAGUUUAGCUGGCGACUGCCUGCAGAUGAUGAUUAUUUUGUCAAUGAGAUUAAAUUAUCUGCAGAUGCUAUUCUACAAGCAGCACUUUAUAAUGGACAAAACAGCAAUGCUACAAAACAAAUUCGUUAUCCUAACUAUGCUCUUGACAGUACUACUCUAUCCGAAAUGUAUGGAGACAAUGUAGCACGACUUCAGAGUAUUCGUAAAGCAUGGGAUACCGACAGUGUAAUGAACCGCACAGGAGGAUUUAAGUUUUAA